AUGGAUAUUGUCGAGCAGGGCAAUGCUGGAAGCCCCACAAGCGUUUUCGGGCCUUCCGUGGAGUUCGAGGUCCCCGCUAUGCUUGCAGAUGGAGGGAUAGUUUCUCAGACCGGAGGCACAGUUCUGGUCAGGGUCAUCGAUUGCAUGGAGAGGAUCAUGUCACACCUUCGCGAGUUCAUGGAAGACGAGGAGGUCACCUUCUCCUUCGACGAGGAUUCUCCUUUCGCUUUCCCCUCCAUAGAUGCCUUGGUUCCGUUGGUGAGGACGUGGGCCACAGCUACCUCAGAGCAGCUGGCUGCGUUUUACCCCCCCGAGGAGUUGGAAGAUCCUGCAGACCCAGAUGCAACUCCCCUGCCGCGAAGACCUCCUGCCAGAAAGGCUACUCCUUCAGGAAGUGGGCCAAAGGCAAAGCGGGUCACAACAGCCGCGCUGUCCACUCAGCUGGAGGAGGUUUUGGGGCUGCUGCCACAGAUGUCCCAACAGUUGACUUUAUUGAGCACAAGACAACAGAGGUUGGAGGAUCAGCUGCCCACAUUGGGCAAGAGUGCAGCAGUUGCGGUAGCUCAGCCUUUGGGAGCGGCGCUGGACUUACCCCAGCUACCAGUAUCCGCCCUUGCAAAGACCCUGCAGCCUCCCCCACGAACUGCAGCUCGUCAGAGCCCUGGUUUGUUGGCAUCCCCGGGGCUCGGGAAACCAUUGGAGUUAGAGGCAUUGGAAGAAGAGAAAGUGGACCCCGAACCCAGAUCUGCCCAGAUUUCCGGGGAUGCUUUAGCCCAGGCUGUUUUAGUCCAAUCACAAGCGCUGACAAGUUUGGUCGCUCAGAUAGCACAUGUUCAAGGCGAUCCCAUGAGCGAGCUGACAUCCUCAGGGGGUGCAGGUGUUCGAGGAGCAACGGGCCGAGCAAAGCUUCAAGCAGAGCUGGCGCUACAGAAGGGACUUUUCUUCCGUGCAGUCCUGCAGAGCAUGUCACGUCGGAUGUCCCCAACCAGUUCCUCAGAUGCCUCUCCCCAAGAGCUCUUGAAUCGUGGUGUUUCUGGAGUACGCUACUUGGAGAGAUUUGGAGGAUACGGAAGACAGAGGGAGCUAGGCCAGUUACAGUUCCAGGUCAUGACAGCUUUGGACUACAUGAUGGCAGGGCAAAUGGAUGCCGCCAUGGACACAGUGGCUCUGCUGGCAGUGACAAUAGAACAGGCAUGUUUGGACGGUGGCAGAAUGGAUUUGGCCACCCUCCUUUGUUUGCAAGAGGACGCACCAGCCUCGAUCUAUGUCAACAGGCAGAUGAUGAGCACCUCCCGCACCAGGGCUUUCGCGCCCUUAGCCGAUCAACGAUGGGUCACGUGCGCUCUGGCGUUCCUCAAAGAAUUGGAGGUCAUCUCCAGCAAGCGGGUGGAACUCCUUGGGCAGAGCCGCAGUCCCGAGACUUCAUCAGAUCCACCUGCAGCAAAGCCAAAGCCAAAGGCAACCCAAAGCGGAAGGGUGCAGGACAAGUUUUGGAUGGCGCCUCAAAAGACUUUUCACUGCUUGCUGGCGUGGCCCCUGUGCUUCGCCUACCGCAUCUUUUCCCCUGCCGGUGGCCUACCCAGGCAGCCAAAUGCUUUGCAGCGCAGUUGUUUCCAGCGCUUGAGGCUGCUGAUGGAUGCGUGUGGAGUUCACCAGGAAGAGCUCUCAAUGAUUCCUGGUUGCUCUGGCCCUGAAUUAGCUGUUAUGCUGAUGCAGAUGGAGAAAUUCAUCAACGUGCACUCUGAGCUGGGACAAAGUUAUGCCCAGCCACGACACAUCAAGUUCAAGCCGGAUCCUGCCGUAAUUUCAGCUGAAGAGCACCCUGAGCUCCAACCUUACAAGAACCUUCGUGUAGAUGGGCUGAAGUUGGUUGGUGAGGGAAAGUGGAAGAUGAGUGAUUUUCUUUCAGGGCCACUUUGGCUCCCUUUUCAGGAACCUCGUUUUCUUCUGCAUGAUGAAGAUGUUGAUUUUGCGGCGGGCCCUUGCUUCAAACAAGAAUCUCGUAAUGAGAAUCUCAAGUUGGCAAAGCUGUGGGACACAAAGGGUCUUUUGGAGCUUGCGGCCUCCCCCUUUCAGGAUGGUAUGUUCUCGCGUGUUUUCGAUGCACACAAGUCAGCUUUGCACGAUAGGCAGAUUGGUGAUCGACGUUUACCCAACAUGAUGGAACGAGCCAUUGACGGGCCUUCCAAGUAUCUGCCUCCAGGGUUUUUGCUGACCAACCUCAGUGUGGCUCGCGGCUCACAGCAAAUUUUUGGCAGUGUAACAGACAGGCGCGAAUUCUACCACCAGACAGCAGUCACCUAUGAACGCGCCUGCUCCACUAUGUUGCCUUUCAAGUUUUCUGAAGAGGAGCUAGCGGGUCAUCGGGCAUUGCAGAAACACAAAGAAAGGGAAGAGGCUGGACGCAAAAAGAAAAAGGGCCUCAUCAUCGAUGACUACUUUGUGAUUUGCAGAGAUAGUUUUGGUGCAGACCCCCUCAACACCUUUGCGGAGAAAGCUCUGGGUUGGGCUCUACAAGCCUAUGAAACCUAUGGUGCCAUUGGUUCUGCUGACAAGGUCGGCGAGGCGUCAAUACGUUUCAAAGUAGCUGGCGCAGAGAUUGACUCUUCCGAUGCUCUUGUGCGGAGAGGUUUGACAACAGUUGCAGCUCCAAUAUAUAGGAGGUGUAUGACUGCAGUUGCUGACACCCUCUUCAAGGAGGCGGCUGAAGCUGAGGCCUUGGGGGAGAAUACCACAGUUGCACUUUCAAGGACAACAGCCACUGAGCUUUGCAUUCUCUCAGCGUUGGUGCCUCUUGCGGUGACCAACAUUGCCACGAGAUACUCAGGGAAGCUGUACACAUCAGAUGCAUCGUUGGGAGUGGGCGCUGUUGCCUCCACUCAAAUCUCUGCGUCUUUGUCUGAAGUGCUCUGGCUGGGCAGUGACAAGCGAGGCUGCUACACCAGACUUGACAGUAUGCCGGCUGCUCUGCUGGCCUCGGCAGGAGCCGAAACACAUGAGUUUGAAGCCGAGAGUCCUGAGGGGUUUACACACCCACAAAAGGCACCUCUCAUGUACUUUGACUUUGUUGAGUUUUAUGGAGGAUCUGGUAGGGUUUCUUCAUGCAUGCAGCAGCUUGGACACUCAGUAGCUCCUCCACUUGAUCUCUCGGCCUCCCAGCACUUUGACUUCACAGAUGCUAGGUUGAUUGAAUGGUGCAUGCACAUGAUCGAGCAGAAGAGGUUCGAGUCGUUCCUAUUGGAGCCAUCCUGCACAACCUUCUCUCCGGCAGCUCAUCCGGCAGUCAGGUCAUACCAGCAGCCAGAGGGCUUUGACCUUGACUGCCCAAAAACAUGGCUUGGGAACCUUCUGGCGAACAGAUGUUUCAUUUUGCUGAGGCAUGGCAGAAGACAUGGCGCACCUUGUGGGAAAGAGCAACCUCACUUGAACGAAAUAGCAUGGCUGCCCGCCUGGAUUCAACUGCUCAGCAUGGACUUCAAUGAAAGUGUUGUCGCCAGUUGCCAGUUUGGGUCACCGCACAUGAAGCAGUUUUGGCUCAUCACUUGCCUUGUUAACAGUGAAAGCCCUGAAGUGCGUUGUCCAGGAGGUCAUGAUCAUGUGCGAGUUGAGGGGGCAUACACAAAAGAAUCAGCCGUCUAUGUUUGGGACCUGGUUAUGCAUUUGGCGAAGCAUUUCUCUGUGGCCCUUGCAAGAGCGCAGCUGGCGGAUGAUGAUGUGCUUCCAGCAAUUGGCCAUGAGAGUCUCAUCUUGAAUGACCUCCUUGCUGCUUCACAAUGGAAGAUCGAAAAGAGCGGGUGGUGGAAAAGGAGGAGCCACAUCAACGUGCCUGAGGGUCAUGGCGGCCUGGCUGUCCUGGCCGACGGGAGCCCUGGCGAAAGUGAGAAGCUCUUCGGCCUCUUUGCAGAGGGUCUGCAUAAGAUCCAUGACAUGGCGGCCCGCAUCGACCCCCCGGAUUUGGUGGAGUACUUAGCAGCAGCCUUUGACCAGUUCACAGAGGACCAGAAGCUAUGGCCGGUUUUGGCUGUGACCUUGCGGAAGCGCCUGAAUGCACUUCUGACUUCAAUUGGUCUAGCCACUGAGCGAAAAAGCGGUGGCAAGCCUCUUGACUUGGGGAGCUUCAGACCUGGCGGAACUCAGAAGAUUUACGAAGACGAGGGCGCUGGUGACCGGGUCACCAGCAAAGUCGGUGAGCUGUAUCUUCAAGAAGGUCUUUAUACAACAUACACAGAGAAACUGGCGGAGGGUCCACGCAGAAAGACCCAACAGCUUGCAGGAGCAUGUCCACAGAUGCUUGAGAAGGCUUUUUGCUUUCUCAGAGGAGGCAUACCUGUGAAGGUAUGUUUCAAACUUUACCAGGCCAAUGACCGUGAGGAGCUUGGAAAGGAAUGGGAGACACGGGAUCAAAUACCAGCUUUUGCCACACCCAACCGUGGCGCUGGAGCAGGAAACCUCUGCACAGCAAAGACCCGCCCUGACACUUUGUCUUGGCCUGGUGGGAUCAAAUACCAGCUUUUGCCACACCCAACCGUGGCGCUGGAGCAGGAAACCUCUGCACAGCAGUGA